UUGACAGUUGCUGGAAAUAUGGCGUGAAAUAAACAACAGAUGUGUUUCGGUAGCGGAUAAUUUGCGCGAUGUGUAAAAUCUAGCGAAUAUCUUACCAAAAAAUUAAAGCGCUAUUAGCUGAAAUAUUAAAUAGUGAUUAUCAAAAAGUGUGUAUCAAACGCAGAACAAAUAGAUUAGGUGGACGCGGAUUGUGCCAAACUUAAAAGCAGUGCAAGUGAAUGUUUACUAAAUUUUUGAUAUAGUGGAAAUCAGAAAGAAGCCGAUAAAAAGCUUCAAAGGUGCAUUGUGCAAUAGGAGAAAUGUAAAUAAAACUUUGUGUAUUUGGCGCAACGAUUUUUGUGAACCGAAAAGGAUGCGUCAUUUUCCAGUAGAUUCUAUUUUCAACCGUUUUUAAAUUGUUUUGCUAACAACAGUUUUUGUGUUCGUGUACUUGUGGCGCAUUGUUGAGGUAAACCGAGAAAUUGACGUGAAUAGUAAAGCUCUCCGCCAAACAGGCGCAACACGUCAGAUGGCAUAAAUUAGCAUCGCCUAAAUUGCCCUGAGCGGAUGACUGCAAAUACCAAAACAUCAAUAAACCCGCAUUGAACCCCAAUCCACGAAACUGCAAACACCCGCACAUACAUCGAUGCCUACAUAGACGCAGGCGCCCAGAGCGAUUGUUGAAAGCGGGCAAACGUUUAUCAUGCUGCAUAUUUCGCAUUCAGAAUUUAACAUCACCAUCAGCGGUGCCAAAGUUGAUUACUACGGCGACCUCGUCAGCGGCAGUGUGGCUGGAGUAAGCUUAAAUCGCAUUUGAAAGAGUGGAAUUUUCUCAGUACAAGUGGCAACGUGACGACGUGAAAGCUUCGUUAGCAUCGUAUUUCGGAAAGCGUGCUGAGGACUUAAUCCCUUUACCCAUUCAACAAACACACCUCGCCCCCCGCAUUGUUGCCAUCCAUUGAACCAAAUAUACAUCCGAACCCAAACGCCCACCGUUAUUAUCGCUGCAAGCACAAUUCAGUUUUCCAUUAUACCCAUUUAACCUCUUUUAUUUGAAUUUACUGUUCCAUUCGUCUCGACUUAAGCGCCGUCAUUCGCAUUCGCAGUUUUUCUUAAGGGGAUUUGUUAAAAAAGCUGGCUAUAGCGUUCCCUUUAAACCAGUCAGCCACUAGAACGUUACAAGCGCAUUGUCCACACAAAAGUGCUCAGCGAAGGAUUGGAAGCGGGGCACUGAGAGCUAGAGAGGAGCUGGUUGUGUUGGCGGUGCAGUUAGCAGCUGGCAGCCAUAAUUUUUUGUUGGUGUAAUAAAAAUCGUCGUACACGUAAUUCGUGUUGCUUAUGUCGGAACAUGCCAAUAGAUAUGCAAAAAAACGUCUCCGUACAAGUUGAUAGUGAUUUUGCUUUACUUCUGCCUAGCGGUGUUUACGAGAUUAAGAAAAUGGAACCACGCUCCAAAAUACGAACAAUUAUUUUAUUCUGCCUAUUUUUGGCAAUUGCUGGUAUUAUUGGAUUCGGAUACUUCUGUCAAGAUCAGCGACCUUGCGAAUGCCAGCGCCAGCGCAAGCGUUGCUAUUGCUUCCGUCCACAUCGCAACGAAAAUUGGCUAUUCUCACGCUACUCAACCGGCUGGAAGUGUGGCCUGCACGCAGAUUGGACGGAAUUGACUAGUUGUGUCGACAUCGAGCUGGACAAGAAUGAGGGUGAGACGGCGAAGCGGAGAUACUUCUACAUAACACUGCUUCGCGAACCCAUUUCGCGUUACAUGUCCGAGUACCGGCAUGUGCGGCGCGGUGCUACAUGGAAAGGUUCGCGCCAUUGGUGUCUCGGACGCCAAGCCACCGCGACUGAAUUGCCACCCUGCUACAAGGGCAAGGAUUGGUUGGGCGUGGAGUUGGAUGAAUUCGCCGCGUGCGAGUCCAAUUUAGCAGCCAACCGGCAGACACGCAUGCUGGCCGAUCUGGCGUUAGUAGGCUGUUACAACAAGACUGCAAUGCCGGCGCACGAACGCGACCGCGUGAUGUUGGCGAGCGCUAAACGCAAUUUGGCUGCUAUGGCAUACUUUGGACUCACCGAGUAUCAAAAGAUGUCGCAGUACAUUUUCGAAGAGACAUUCAAUCUUCGAUUUGCGAUACCUUUUGAGCAACACAAUACAACAAUUUCUGCGUCGGCGGUGAACAAUUUGCGACCAGAUCAAAAGAAGCGUAUCGAGGAGCUGAACAGCUUGGAUGUCGAGUUAUAUGCCUUUGCAAAGAAUUUACUAUUCCAAAGGUACGGUUCAUCGAAAUUUGAGCAUUUAAAAGCGAAAGACAACGAUUUUGAAAAGCGAUUCGCCAACUUGGGCAAUAUCUAUUACAAACAGGGUGUUACGGAAUUCAAUUGGGACAGCAAUAUAGAUGAAACGCUAAGCACUGAUCAUUGAAACCAAAUAUACAUAUACAAACAUAUAUAGAUAUUAGAGCUUGGCGUUUAAAGGAUAUCAUGGCGAGCUAUAAAAGUAGCUAUGGGCUGCAUAAUUGCGAAAAGGACUUUAAUCUAGUUUUAAAAAUAAAUUUAAAACUAAAUAUAAGUAAUAACUGAUAGAAAAUAGUAGAUCUACGCAUUAACUGGAUUUUGUAUUGUUUUGCUGUUUUAGCUAUACUGAUUUUUGUGUAAUCAGUUUAAUUAUUAUUCGUCUGUAGCUAUUGUAAAUAUAUUUCCCGAGUCUCUAGUGUAUGGUUUUUGAGUUGAAUGUUGAAAUUCGCAAGUCACAAUUAGUCGCAAGUCAUUUUAUUGUAUACUGUAUUAGUUGAAAUACCUAUAGUAAUAUGAUUUCACUGUUACACUAAGAAAAUACGCUAAGCCAAAAUUAGUUAAGAUUUAAAUUAUAAGCUUAGGGCCUAAUGUUUAGGCAAACGGAGAGUAUUUUUUUUUACUUUUACCACAUAUAGACUACAUACAUGCAUACAAAAUGUGUUUAUAUUAGAAUACCUACUUUUUAGCAAUACAAAGUAUUUAUAUACAUAUACAUAUAUGUAUACAUAUACAUAUGUACAUAUGUAUGUGACAGUUAAAAUAUCAAUCCCAAAAGUUAAUGUAAUCGGUUUCUGUAUUCAUCAAACCCAGAAAAUGCAUUAAGAACUAUCGGAAUUAAAAUUGUCACUUCAAUCGCCAAAUGCCACUUUUGCACGUUUAAAUUAUAUUUCAGAAAUCAUUGGAUAACGUAUGUAAAUACCAUUGUAUGAAACUACUUUCAAGUAUGGGCCUAUUUAUUGAUUUCAGUUUUUGGCCCGAUUCCGGCCGAUCUAUUUGGCAAUAGUAUUGUUAGUCAAAGUAAUUUUAUAAGACAAUAAUAAAUUCAAAAUGAGAUGGAAUAUGAUUAUGGUUGCGUAAAAAAUAUAUGUAUAUGGCUUGUGCAAAAAUAAAACGGUAAACCACUAAAAAAGAAAAUUCAAUGCGGAAUAAAAUAAAUUCGACAAAAUAAUAUGAAAUAGCUGGAUUCAGUAGCAUUUUACUUCAAAAAGUCAGUUCAAUAUGAAUACAUACAGAUAUACUUACAAACAUGAAUAGUGAGAUUAAGAAUCUCAAGUUUAUAUAACUACCAACAAAGAAUUAAUAUAAAAUAUUAUAAAUCUACAAACUUGAUUAUACGAAACUCAUUUUAACGCAUUUAUAUCGUUUACUAUAAAUUGUGCCAUUUUGUAGAAAAUUAUUCAUUUUUAUACGUCAUUAAUCAUCACUGUGCAUAAAACAAUUGAUUAUUGAUAAAGUAUUUACCAAAAAGAGUGCAAUUCAAUAAUUUUAACCAUUAUAAAGCACUAAAAAUUAAAUUAUUAAUAAAAAAAUAAAACGAAUUAGUUUAACGAAAACGCAAUUGAACUUCAUUUCUAGGUCUCUUACAAAUUUGAAAGAUGUUGCUUAUAAACUACAUGUAAAACAUACAUUGUUCGCAUAACUGUUGCUUGUAACAGCCUAAAGGAAUAUCCUUAAGCUGGGAUCACACGAUUUGUACA